CUCUCUCUCUCUCUCUCUCUCUCUACUUUGAAAUUUGCUGGACAGGCUCUAUAUACGUGUAUAUAUAUAUAUAUGUACGCGAUUGGUUUGAGUAAAAAUAUCUCUAUUUACUUAAUUUUUUUCAGUAUCUAGGUCACACCGGCGAUGGGAAACUGCUGUUCCGACGUGGUCGGCGGGCAGUCGGCGGUCGGAGGCACCAUCUCCAGUUCGGCAGCCAACGCUACGAAUGAAGCCGUUGAUGCCUUCCUGAGGUCUCGGGGCUAUAAUGGACUAUUCUCUCAGAUCGAGUUAUCUCUCUCUGCUGCAAAUUUGCGUGAUCUGGAUGUGCUCUCGAAGAGUGAUCCUAUGGCAGUUCUUUAUAUGAAAGGAAAUGAUGGUUUGCUUCAAGAGCUUGGCCGCACAGAAGUAGUUUUAAAUUCUUUGAAUCCGAAGUGGAUAAGAAAAUAUACUCUUACUUAUCAAUUCGAGAUGGUGCAAACUUUGGUAUUUCGUGUAUAUGAUGUUGACACUCAGUUCCAAAAUAUUGAUGUAAAGGCACUUAAGCUGGAGGAGCAGCAGUUUCUUGGUGAGGCUACUUGUACACUAUCAGAGAUUGUCACUAAAGCAAACAGGAUAUUAACCUUAGAUCUGGCACGUGAAGAAGUUUCUGCUCCAGUCCAUACUCGAAAAUCUGGUCAGCUCACGGUUUAUGCCGAAGAAAGUGUUUCAUCAAAGACUACAGCAGAAAUGAUAUUGAGAUGUUCAGACUUGGAAUCCAAGGAUUUGUUCUCAAAAAGUGAUCCUUUUCUGGUGAUAUCAAAAAUUACAGAGAGUGGAACGUUGGUUCCAAUUUGCAAAACUGAAGUCUUGAAAAAUGAUCAUAAUCCAAAAUGGAAACAACUUUUCUUGAGUAUUCAGCAAGUAGGAAGCAAGGACAGCCCACUAACUAUUGAGUGUUUCAACUUCAAUAGUAACGGAAAACAUGAUUUGCUGGGAAAAGUGCAGAAAUCACUGGCUGAGUUAGAAAAGCUGCAUUCUGUUGCGAUGGGGGAGAGUUUGUUUAUCCCAGCAUCCGUUGGGCAAAAUCACCACAACAAGGUCUUAAAGAGUCAGUUGUUUGUGGACAAAUAUUCAGAAAAUAUCCAGCAUACGUUCCUCGAUUACUUGGCUGGAGGUUAUGAGCUGAAUUUCAUGGUGGCAAUUGAUUUCACUGCAUCAAAUGGUAAUCCCCGCCUACCCGACUCGUUACACUAUAUUGAUCCAUCUGGACGGCCGAAUGCAUAUCAGAGAGCAAUUUUAGAGGUUGGAGGUGUGUUGCAGUUCUAUGAUUCGGACAGAAAGUUUCCUGCUUGGGGCUUCGGAGCACGACCAAUUGAUGGCCCUGUAUCCCACUGCUUCAAUUUAAAUGGCAGCAGUAGCUAUUGUGAGGUUGAAGGAAUCCAUGGAAUUAUGAUGGCAUACACAAGUGCUCUUUUUAAUGUCUCAUUAGCAGGACCAACAUUAUUUGGGCAUGUGGUCACAAAUGCUGCACAGAUAGCUAGUGCAUCUGUAGUAAAAAAUGAGAGGAAGUAUUUCGUUUUGUUGAUUAUCACGGAUGGAGUGAUAACGGACCUCCAGGAGACUAAGGACGCCUUCGUUAUGGCUUCAGAUCUGCCAUUGUCCAUACUCAUUGUUGGGGUUGGAGGAGCUGAUUUUAAAGAAAUGGAGAUACUAGAUGCAGAUAAAGGGGAUAGACUUGAAAGUUCAACCGGAAGGGUUGCAUCACGUGAUAUUGUUCAGUUUGUUCCUUUCCGGGAUGUACAGAGUGGAGAGGUCUCUGUUGUUCAAUCACUUCUAGCAGAACUACCAUCCCAGUUUCUGACAUACAUGCGAGCUAGAGGUAUUGGUCCAAAUCCAUAACCGAAUGUGGAACUGUACAUACAAAAAUACCUCUCCAGUUAUUGUGCCUUUUAAGUUUGCCGUGAAGGUGGCAGUAGCACCAUCUAUGUCAAGGUCCCGGUUAGGUAUUUUUGUCUCACCA